AUGGCUGCUCACAAUAUUUUCAAAUUGGGAGCUCUGGAAGCUCAUAAAACAGCGUUCUUGCUAUGUGAUAUACAGGAAACUUUUCGACCUCAUAUCAAACAUUUCGGCGAUGUUGUAAAAGUAGCGAAUAAAAUGAUACAAGCUGCGAAGCACUUCAAAAUCCCUGUAUAUGUGUCAGAACAAUAUCCUAAGGGGCUUGGCCACACAACAAAGGAUAUCAACAUUGAGGAUGCAGCAUUGGUCUUUGAGAAGACCACAUUCUCCAUGUUCACCCCAGACUUGCAAAAGAAGUUGAAAACAGAUAUCCCAGAGUUAUCUUCUGUAGUGUUAUUUGGUAUUGAGUCCCACGUCUGCAUCGAACAAACUGCAAUUGAUCUAUUAAAAGAGGAUAUUGUUGUACAUCUGUUGGCUGAUGGAAUAUCGUCCAGGUCUCUGAUGGAUAGAGGACUUGCUCUCCAGCGCUUGCGAUCACUAGGCUGUUUCGUAACUACAUCAGAAAGUGUGCUGUUCAAGCUUCUAAGGGACAAGAAACAUCCAGCAUUUAAAAAUAUAUCUAAAUUAAACAAAAUACCGACCAAAGAUACUUUAGGUUUCGAUAAUCUGGCACCUGAUUUGUUGAAUUUUUUCUUAACUAAUUAUACCUUUUCGGGUUAUCGGAAUUCGGAAGUUAUAAGAGGUUCAUAA